AUGGAUCAAAUGAAUAGUAAAGACCUUUUGAAUAAGAUCAAUGUAUAAUUAAAAUCAGCAGUUACAGUAUAUGCAAAAAUUCAAAUAGUGAAUUAUAUACUUAAUUUAACUCAAGAAUUUAUAGACAUGUAAAAAGGGGGGCUAAUUUUAGGGUUGGAUAAUCAAGUUCAAUGAAGAUGAUUGCUUAAUAUUUGAAAGAAUCUUUGAAAUGUAUUUAAGCUAAUGAAGAGCUUAUAGAUAAAAUAUUUAUGUUAUUGUUGAAAAUGAAUUUAAAUGAUGUAAUAUUAAAAGAAUCUGAAAUGGGACUUUUGUUUAUAAAAAUAAAAGAUAAAAGAUUAUUGGAAGAUUAAAGAGCAAAUGUGAAUGAUUAACUUUAAUAAAAAUGGUUGAAAAUAUAUAUAAGGUAUAGAAGUAUUUUGGAAGAUUUAAAAAAAAAUAACAAUUUAAAGGAUAAAUAUGAGGAACGUAAAAAAAAAGUGAAAAGGAAUUAAUCAUCAAGUUCUAAUGAUUCAUCAAAUAAAAAGAAAAAAAAUAAAAAAAAAAAUGUUCGGUAUUUUAUGAGUAUUUAAAUUAAAUAGUUUUGCAAGAGAAGACAUUCUAAUGAAUUAUAAAUAUUUUAAAAGAGAUGAUGAACCUAAUUAAAGAGGAAUGACUAUAGAAGAAGUGAUAGCUUUUUAAAAAUUAUAUUAAGGAGAACUUAAAAGACUUAAUCAAAUCAAUAGUUAUGAUAUUAAACAUAGAGAAUCUAUGAUGGAAGGAUAAGAACAUAAAUUAUAAUUAGAUAAUAUCUAAUAAAUGAUUGAAUAAAUUCCCUUUAUCAAACCUUUGAGUAAAUUAUUCAAUUAAAUUAUUAUUAGAAUUACGCCCUACAUAUCUUGAAACUUAUGAUACUAAUUUUAAAGAAACUCAAAAAUAAUAAAUGAGAACAGAAUCUAAAAUGUCAGCUUUCUAUAAUCGAGAUGUAAAUAUUUUCUACAUUCAUUUAUUUCUUUUAGAUACCUGAAUAACCUGGUUAUAAUGAAAUCUCCAAUACUUAAUCAGGAAUCCAACCUAGAAGCAUUCAUCUGGAUCCUCCUAAAAGAGAAGAUCUUAUGUUUAUGGUUCAAAUCAUCUGUAAUCGAGGAUUUACUGAAUUAGAAGAUAAACAUAAGAAUGUCAAUAAAAAACAAAUCAAAGGCAUUUUAAAAAAACCACAAGAGGAAUAAUCCAAAUAGAAGGAUAUCAUGUUGAAUCAAGCAAAAUAGGAUCUCUAACCCAAAAUGUAACAAUUGGUUCAGAUGGUUGAAUAGAAACAAAAUCAUAGCCAGGAAAGCAUUCGUAAGAAUAUUAAUUUAUUUAAGUCACUUUAUUACAUGAUAUUAUAUAAAAAUUAAAGGAAAUUGGUGAGGAAUAAUAUAUAAAAAAUUUUAAAUCAUUCCUUGAAACUAAGUUGAAUGACAAACAAUCAAUUAUAAUUGAAUAAGAACGCAUUAAAUCUUAAUAAGAAUAAUAGAGAACUCGAAUUGAACAAUUAUAAACCAUCAAUCCCGUUCAGGCUCAGAGAUUAAGAGCAUACAAAACCAAACAUUGUCACAAUUUUCAUUCCUCUAUUGGAUGCGCAAGAGGAGAUAAUUGUAAUUUCAUUCAUGACUCCCGUUAUCCAGGAAGACCUGCUCCAAUUCUUCAAAGUCCAAAUUUCCUUAACAAAACCCUUUAUCCUUAAUCCCAUAUGUAAUCAAUUAUUCCCCCUUUGCUUCAAUAACUAAACCCUGCCUUUCUACUAGGAAGGCUAAAAAAGUAUGAUAGUUUGUGA